GUCGAGUUCACAGGACCUGGUUGCCCUUGCGCGGAACUGCGCGCAGGCGGACGACGGCACUGCGCGUGCGCUGCUCCUGCCCCGCCCCACGCGUUCGUGGUGACGCUCCCGGCGCGGUUGCAUUUGAAAGCUGUGGCCUGGCUGUUGUGGGGCCGACUCGCGCCCGUGCGGCUCGACCUGACUGUGACCGCAACCAUGGAGCUUCAGCUCACCCGGGACCAGGGCAUAACCCUGCGCGGCAGCGCCGACAUCGUCGCUGAGUUCUUCUCAUUUGGUGUCAACAGUAUAUUAUAUCAGCGAGGUAUAUAUCCAUCUGAAACCUUUACUCGAGUACAGAAAUACGGACUUACUUUGCUUGUAACAACAGAUCCUGAUCUCAUUAAAUACUUGAAUAAUGUGGUGGACCAGCUAAAAGACUGGUUAUACAAGUGUUCGGUUCAAAAGCUGGUGGUAGUGAUUUCAAAUAUUGAAAGUGGUGAAGUCCUUGAACGAUGGCAGUUUGAUAUUGAAUGUGACAAGACAGCAAAAGAAGACAGUGCACCAAGAGAGAAAUCCGCAAAAUCUAUCCAAGAUGAAAUCCGGUCUGUGAUUCGACAGAUUACAGCCACUGUGACAUUCCUGCCAUUGUUAGAAGCAGCUUGUUCAUUUGAUCUACUCAUUUAUACGGACAAAGAACUGGUAGUCCCUGAUAAAUGGGAAGAGUCUGGACCACAGUUUAUUGCCAACUCCGAAGAGGUCCGCCUAAGGUCCUUUACCACUACCAUCCACAAAGUAAAUAGCAUGGUGGCCUACAAAAUUCCUGUCAAUGAAUGAGGGGCAUGGAUAGGAAAAUAAUGUAUGUGUGAUUCUCAGAUCUCAUUUCCCUUAAGAUAAUUUAACUAGAAUUGGUGCAUUCUAUUUCAGUGGUUAAACAUUAAAUGGGAAAACUAAUUGUCGGCCGUAGCGGGCAUAAUUAUUCCACUGGCUGUACAUACUUGACCUACUGUAGGGCUAACAGCAUGGCUUAGAGAGGAUUUUAGUGCUAGCCUUUCAUUUUAUUGUGUUUUUGGCUAAAAUAGGUUAGCGCAGAGACGUGGUGAAGCAUUGCUCAGUAAAUGGAAGAAUAUAUUCAGUGGCAGAUGCUAAAGCAUAAUUAGUGGUCAGCCUCUGAAAGGAGUAGGCAUUCUUUUCGAUCUUUGGUCUAGAGUUGACACUUACUUCAAAUAUGAUGUGAGAGGUUGAUGAAUGUAUCAAAAGAGGCCUAAAUAUUACAAUUCUUUGUUCUUCAGUUUUGAUUUUGUUCUCCUGGGAGUAGUGAAAAAGAUUGAUAUUAUGAAUCCAUCAGUUGUAACAAUGACGAAUUCAUUUUGUCACAGAAUGUCAUCUACCUAUAUACUUCUUUGAAAACCAGGAUCUUAAAUACUAUCAGUAUUUGUAUAGCUGCUUAUUAUGCUCCAGAUUUUUCUACUCUGACUUCAGGACAAAACUAAUUUUCUAAAAUGUCUGUCUUUUUUAUAUGUUCUGCUAUAAUCAAGCCUUAAAUGAUGAAAUAAAGUUAAUUUUGUGGCU